AUGACGUUGAUGUUGGACGCUGGUGUGAUGUCGGACACGGAAUGUUAUAAGUGCCACGAAACCGGCCACAUUGCUCGCAACUGUCCUAGUGGAGGAGAAUCUGGCGGUCGAAGCGGAGGUGGCGGCGGUUCGUGUUAUAACUGUGGAGAGGCCGGGCACUUCUCACGUGAAUGCACCCAACAGCGUGACGGUGGACGUGGUGGUGGUGGCGGCGGCGGAUACAGAUCUCGCGGACAGGAAUGUUACCAAUGUGGAGGACAAGGUCACUUCGCUCGUGAAUGCCCUUCGGGAGGAGGCGGCUUCCGCGGUGGUCAGAAAUGCUACAAUUGCGGCAAGCCCGGUCACAUUUCGCGAGACUGCAACGAGAGUGGCUCUGCUGAGGCAAAGCGCUGCUACAAGUGCCAAGGAUCCGGCCACAUUUCACGCGAUUGUCCUCAACAGUAG